AUGCAGCUUCUCGGGCUGAACUGCAUAACUGGAGCUGUGCUCACAAUUGCUCUUAUCGCUAAGUCUGUCACAGCGGAUCUUCCCCCGAUAAUAAUCAAGGGCUCUCAUUUUUUCUAUGAGAAUGGAACCGAAUUCUUUUUACGCGGCAUAGCUUACCAACAAGAUAUCAAUUCAAAUGGUACAAUUUCUGGAUCUGGGACCUUUGUAGACCCACUGGCUGAUGAAGCUGGCUGCAAACGAGAUGUUCCCCUACUCAAGGAACUCGGAGUUAACGUCAUACGUGUAUAUGCUAUUGACCCGAAGGCUGAUCAUAAGCUUUGUAUGAAGAUGCUUCAGGACGCCGGUAUUUAUCUCAUUCAAGAUCUAUCAAAUCCUACCUCAUCAAUAAACCGAGACACACCGACAUGGACUACAGAACUCUUCGCCAGUUAUGCCUCGGUUGUGGAUGCACUAGCACCUUAUCCUAAUGUUCUUGGCUUCUUUGCUGGCAAUGAAGUUUCAAAUGAGGUUAACAAUACCCAAGCGAGCGCAUUCGUAAAGGCAGCAGUUCGAGAUAUAAAAGCGUACAUAAAAACAAAGAAGUAUCGACCCAUCGGCGUAGGAUAUGCUACCAACGAUGAUCCCGCCAUCCGUAUUCCUCUGGCUCAUUACUUUAACUGUGGCGAUCGGGAUGACUCGAUCGACUUUUGGGGUUAUAACAUAUACUCUUGGUGUGGCGAUUCGUCCUUUACUGAUUCAGGGUACGACCAACGUACUCUGGAGUUUGCCAACUAUUCUGUUCCUGCCUUUUUUGCUGAAUAUGGCUGCAAUCAAAUCCGUCCUCGCAAAUUUACCGAGGUUCAAGCCAUAUAUGGUAAACAAAUGACCAAUGUUUGGUCUGGGGGAAUCAUGUACAUGUACUUCCAAGAAGCAAAUGACUUUGGUCUCGUCAAAGUUUCUAGUGGUAAAGUUGAGAAGCUACCGGACUUCUCUGCCUUGGCUAAACAACUCGGCUCGGUGUCUCCCAGCAACACUCCAGCUUCUGCCUAUUCAGUUACCAACACCGUAGCACAAGCAUGUCCUGCCACGGGUGUUUCUUGGGCUGCUUCUAGUGUCUUGCCUCCGAUUGCAAAUCCUGAUCUGUGCAAAUGCAUGGUUUCGUCUCUUUCUUGUGCAGCUAACCCUACUUUAUCCGACAAAGAUACCGGGACUCUUUUCAGCUCUGUGUGUGGUCUCGAUAAAAAGUCGUGCGAGGGCAUUAGUGCAAAUGCGACAACUGGAAAAUAUGGUGCUUACUCUAUGUGUUCACCAAAAGAGCAACUAUCGUUUGCCAUGGACCAGUACUACAAGUCUCAGAAAAAAGCACCGACUGCCUGUAACUUUGGUGGAAAUGCGAAGAUCCAAUCCGCAUCAGUGGCUGGAUCUUGUGAAAAACUACUCGAACAAGCCGGCUCGUCCGGCACAGGUGUAGUAACUACAGUACCAACCAAUGCUGGGUCUUCUACAAGCUCUGGUGAAAAAUCCAGCAAAAGUAGUUCUGCUGGUGCAGUGACCAUUCCUCGCAUGAAUAUGGAUUUUGUGCAGGUAGGGAUUUACUUGGCGACAUUAGCCAUGGCGGGGGCAUGCAUGAUUUUCUUGUAG